AUGCCCCGCAGUAGCUUCUCACACACUCCCCUCCUGAGAGUGUCGAGGCCGGUCUCAGCCUGCUCAAGAUGCCGAGCCGCCAAAGUCAAGUGCGAUGGCAAGCUGCCUGCCUGUACGGCCUGUGAAAAGGCUGGCCGCGAGAAUGCCUGCUCUGCCGCAAACGACCAGUUUGCGCGAGGCAAGGAGCGGAGCUAUGUCGCCGCCCUUGAGCUUCGCAUCGAGAAGCUGGAAAGACGCAUCGCAUACGCCAAGUCUCGAAAGGCUUCCGUGGCCAACCAUGAGCCCGACUCGCUGUCCACGGCCCACGUUGACAGGCGGGAUUCCCUCGCCUCGAUCCGGGCCGCCAUCCACCGGAAAGCCGCCAGGACCCGUGAGAACUCAGACGUCAACUCUUUGAUAUCUGAUUUCGGCUUCUUAUCAGUCAAUGCCACGACUCGAGACUUUGAGCCGUCCUUCAUCAACAUGACCUUUGCGCGCCUGGUCCUGGCCGCGGCGUCCAAGGAUCAAAUCCCAGCCAUGCCCGAGUCUCCAUUGCCACACAAGUCGUACGCCACGGAAAUCUUUCACCACUUUAUGAAGAACAUGUAUCCGCUCUUUCCGUGCUUUUCAGAAACGGCGGCGCUAAACGUGCUCAACGACAUAUAUUCUCCGCAGAGCGAGCGAGUCAUCAGCGCAUCCGACCAUUGGCUCCUUUACAUGAUACUCGCCAUCGGCUCGACCAUGCAGAGCCAAAACGUCAACGAUGACUACUACAACCUUGGCGUCAGCUUCGUUUCAAGGGCGCUGGAUUAUGCCGACAUCGCCUUGGCUCCUGGAUACGCGACCCAGAUUCAGUCGCUGCUCCUCCUCACCCAGUAUGCCAUACUGGACCCCAACCACUUCGACAGCUGGCUCCUCAUAGGCUUCACGGCGCGUGCAGUCAUUGACCUUGGAUUCCAUCAAGAUCCGCCAAUGUCUUCAGUCGUAGAUCGUGCUGCCUUGGAUAUGCGCAGGAAGAUUUUUUACUGCACAUAUGCGCUUGACCGAUCCAUCAGCAUGGUACACGCUCGGACCUUUUCAUUUACCGACGAUGCCAUCCAUGUUGCGUUCCCGAAUCCAGCCGAUCUUGACCGCAGAGGCAAAGAAGCCGAAUCUCUUCCCAUCUCGGGUCCGCAGUCUGUCGACCCUGGUCUGCUACUGUUCCAGCUCAGGCGAGCGCAGUCUUACUGGUAUCAAGAGCUAUACCAGUCCUAUGCGACUCCCCUGCAAGAUCCGUCGUCGUUUGUGUGGCAGAUGUGUCUCGAUAUGCGAGAAUGGGGCGAGUCCCUACCCAACUCCCUGGCCCCCGGGAUACGGCAAAUGUUUGAGCAAGAGCUGAGAUACAGUUACGUAUACUGCAUUGCGCCGUCCGCGAGAGCUCCCGAAAUCACCAACUACCACCGUACCCUCAUCUUUGAGUACUCUCUGGCGUACCUCCUCACGAUGCAGGAGAUUGCCCAAUCCGGGCUCAACGGCGCCUACUAUACAUACCACGACGCCCUCAAAGUGUACUUCAUGGCCAACCAAUUCCUCGCUGUGUUAAGGGACUCGGAAGACAUGCUACUGUCCGGUGCGCACAUACCGAAACCAAUGUCACGUCCCGGUGCUCCACAAGCGCCUCCGAUCCCACCGCCUCAAUAUCGAAACGGAAGACCUGGCGAGGACAACAUCAGCCGAAGCAUCCGCUGUCUCGAGAGCGUGCCCCAGACCCUGGACGUGUACGGCCGCCGGUGGGAGGACUCUAUCAUGCUCAAGCAGAGCUUCGAGCAGCUCUCGGCAGACACCAUGAAGCGCCUGAAGGAGCGCAGGAAGAUGCAGAACAUGAAGGUCGAGCAGCCCGCCUACCACCCCGGCAGCUCUCCCGGUGCCCCCUCGCCCCGGGUCCCGGCCACAUCGCGGAGCCCGCAGCAGCCGCGUGAGAUUCGCUGGGUCGGGGUCGACGUCUCGCAGAUGAUGCAGGGCCGCGGCCACCAUCAGCAAUGA